CUUCAUCAUCAAGUGCAGUAUUUCUGGAGCAAGAUGUUCUUUCUCUCUGGUUCAGGAACCAUCAAAAUCCUUUCAUGUGCUACCUAAAGAUUCAAUUUUUGUAAUUAUUAUUGUUUUCUGGUUUCUGUCAACCAUCCUUCCUGCAGAGAUUUUCAGCUAGCUCGAUAUUUAUUUGGCAGCCACACACAUUUAAUUCAACCACAUAAAGCCUGUCCUUGAGGGAAACACAUGACCCCACGCUCAUCCCCAGAGAGGGACAGCACCAUGUACUGACAAUCCUGCCUAUUGGAGCCUCUUCUGCCAUAUACAAGAGUUCCCAUGUCUAAGGACUCCCAGCGAAUGUUAAUAUAUCACCAGUAAUUCUGAAACCUGACCUUUGACUCUGAGAAGUUUCUGCUGCGAGUCGAGCCAAGCAGCGGGGUCAGAGCAGAGACACACUUCAAUCAGCAAACAAGUGUGACGGACACAUUGCUCUCACUGCAUCCCGAAGCCCUGAAUGUCCAAACAGACCUCGUCAUGAUGGAGACGGAGCAAACAGCUGCAAGUUGUCACGCACCGAGCCAAACUUCUGUCAAGACCCGGCUCUCCUCCAGCACAAGAGGAGCGCCCAGUGACACCACUUCCCGCUUCCAUGGAGACGGGGUUCGCUACAAAGCCAAGCUGAUUGGCAUGGACCCGGUACUCGACGCCCAGGGAGGCAAGAUGGUCUGGGACUCUAUGAUGAAGCUAAAGGGCUUUGAGGCAGCAGCAAGGAAACAGGGGAAACACAAGCGGAGAGUUUGGCUGAAAGUUUCCUCCAGCGGCCUGAGAAUCGUGGACGAUUGGACCGGGGCUGUACUUCAUGACCAUGACCGGAGCAGGAUCAGCUCUUUGACGAGAGACGAGUCUGACCCCAGGGCUCUGGCCUACGUCUACCAACACCAAGACACCUACACACUCUUCUACAUCAAGACGGCCAACCUGGCAGAUCCGGUCCUGGUUGACAUCGAGGAGGUUUGUCAGAUUGUGGACGAGGAGGCGCCACAAGAACCCCCAGAGGCACCGACUCAAACCAGUUCCUUACUGCAACUAAAUGACAGUUCAGCCCCUCCAGCUGAGGGAGAAGCUUUUGAGGAAGUGUUCAGUCCACGGCCGGAUUCUUCAUCAGGACAAUCAAACCAGACUGUUUCUGCCUCUUCCACUAACGAGCUGAUGGAGGUUUUCUCCGUCCCGAUGGAGGUUAUCUCCGUCCCGAUGGAGGAGCCGCUGAUGCCCAGCCAGAGCUCCUGCACCAGUCCGCCAGACCAAGACCAGAGAGAGCCUCCACAGCCAAUGCUCUCCGCCUCUCAGAUCCUCUCCAUGUUCCCCUCACAGCCACCAGGGGGCUCUCCGUACUCCUCGCCCCCAUACUCUCCAACCGCCGUGCCCUGGAGCCAGCAGGGGCUUCUGGGAAAUCAGUGGGCCGGUCCAGCUGCGGCGCCCUGGCAAACAAUGCCCGGCGGUAUGGCAGCAUGGGCACCAGCAGGCAUCGCAGCGCCCCCUGCAGGCGGCCAGAUUCUGGCUCACGGCUCUUUUCCAGGAGUCAUGAUGGGAGGAAACACACCCGCUUCACCCACUGCUGUCAACGGAUACCCCGCCCCUUUAAACUAUGCCCCCGCUGGAUCAACGGGACCCCUGCAGCCAGCGUCCCCCACCUUGGACCAUAAUCUCCUCUUUUGAUGAACUGGUCAGAAUGGAAAAUUGUUUGCAAAAUAAAAAUUGCUGCUCAUUGAGAAA